AUGUUCUCCAGGACGUCGUGCGGUGCCUCGUUAAGUCUCGGGAAGGUUUCGAAAUGUUGUGCCUCCAGUCAACGAAAAUAUACUAAGCAAAUCGCGAAUUCUUUGGUGGUGCGGUCCCCCUUGGACGAACUCAAGUCUAGAGGUCUCGUGGCAAAACUUUCAGAUAGCAGCCAAGUUAAUUCUGCAUUUAUCCACAAAUCCACGGUAUAUCUUGGCGUGGACCCGACGGCCGGUUCCAUACAUGCGGGCAAUCUUGUCCCGCUGAUGGCCUUAAUCCACUUUCAUAUCUCUGGACAUCAAGUUAUCUCCCUGACCGGUGGCGCGACUGGCGCUGUUGGCGAUCCAGGUGGCAGGAACACCGAACGCCCACUGCUGUCUAUCGAAAGAGUCAAUGAAAAUGCGCGCAAGAUAAGCUCUCAGUUGCAGCGUAUCUUCUCCAAUGGAUUGAAGUACGCAGAAAAGCGGAAUUUGGCAAGUGCGACUAUCAACCCACCGAAAUUCUUGAAUAAUCUAGAAUGGCUUGGAGGGAUGGGACUUCUCGAUUUUUUGCGUUUAGCGGGCAAACGCGCAACAGUGAGCGUCAUGAUGGCGAAAGAUAGUGUAAAGUCACGUCUGCGUAGUGAACAUGGCAUAUCUUUCACGGAGUUUUCCUAUCAACUGCUGCAAGCCUAUGAUUAUUAUGUGUUACAUCGGGACUAUGGCUGUACUCUUCAGAUCGGAGGCUCAGACCAAUGGGGGAACAUAACUGCUGGACUCGAGCUCAUUCGCCGAAUUAGGGGCGAGUCACUCAAUGGAGGACCCUCUGACGCCUUGCAGGGAAGAGGUUCAGCCUACGGUAUGACCACACCCUUGCUCCUGACAGCCUCCGGAGAGAAGUUUGGGAAAAGCUCAGGGAACGCGGUCUGGUUGGAUCCAGAGUUGACCAGUGUGUUUGACUUUUACCAAUUUUUCCUUCGUGUUGGGGACGCAGAUGUUGCAAAGUAUCUAAAAAUAUUUACCUUGCUGCCAUUGAGCGAGAUCGAGCAAGUCAUUUCCGAACACGAAGCUACACCUGAAAAACGUAUUGCCCAGGGUAUUCUUGCAUCUGAAGUCACCGAGCUUAUCCACGGCGAGAGUGCCGUUACUCAGGCUAAAGUAGCCACAUCCAUUCUUUUCCCGGGCUCCUCCGAAUCUUCGUCUUCGGAGGCCAAUCAGGCCCGUCCCGAGAACCUUAUUGCUGCUCUUGGGCCUGAUCGACGGCUUGUUCUCCGGAGCCUGAACGAGUUCUGCCAAGACCCUGUGACGAAGCUGGCAGCAAUUCUGGGAUUAACAAACUCUAGAGGCGAAGCCAGAAAAUUACUCGCCUCUGGGGGGUUGUAUCUGAAUGACCAAAGAUUAUCGGAGGAUAUCACCUUGUCAUCUGGGGAUUUUGUGAUUGGCCAACGAGUUGCUACCUUAAGAGCAGGGAAAGAGAACAAACUCGUACUCGCAAUAAAAGAUGAGGAGGCUUGA